CCGCGCCGCAUCCUCGCCGGCGGCGAGCCUCCAGCUAGUGAGUCCAGCUUCCGCUCUGCUGUUUUGUGUUCCGCCGUUUACGAAUCGCUCUGUUUGCUGCUUUGGCGGAUUGGGGAAGUAGUUGGCCGCGAGAAAAAUCCAAGGAUCCACCAGUUCCAGUGCUGGUACCAUCGAAGCAGCGAGAGACUAUUGCCUUGCCGAGAGAAGACCAGGAAGUUUCAUAUGGUCUCAAUUGGGCUAUUGCUGCGAGAGGCGUCGUCGUAAAAGACAAGGUCUUCUAUAACUUGGAGCCGUCAGAGCUUCAGAAAAGUGGUACUACUUAUGCAGCAUGCAGAGCGUCUGUCUGGUACUCCACUUCAUGUUAAAGGAAAUGUCAUUGGUGGGUUCCCUGAUAUUUCAGGAGCUCAAUUUGCAAAGCUUCUGAAACAGGUGACCUUCCACCUUUCAUCCAUCUCAAGUCUUUAUGUCCAAGAUGGUGCCAUUGGUUCAUCUGCAGAAUGUGAUGCAAAGGUCCGUGUUAUUAGUGACAACCCCUCUGCCAUCAUGUCACUCUCCAAUAUCCUUCAGAAAAUACCAGAUCGUGCGAUUUCCCACGACACAUGCCCUUUGACUAUAUAUGUUGCCAGUUCCAUCAGUACCAACGUCAGGAAUGCUCUGGGUUCAGGGACACAAUAUGCUAAUGGAGUUGCAGUGGCAGACAUAGAACGCUCAUCACUUAUCCUAUGUGGUAAAGCAUUUGCUGAUUCCACUAUGCUAAAACAUGCACUUACUGCUUUGGCUGCCCCUAUACUGUCUGCAAGAGGAGGCCUCCCCGUCCCUGGCUGGCUUCUGUCUUGUGCUGGUUCUAUUGUACUGCUGUUUGCUCCAGUGGAGGUCAUCAAGUCCUGCUCCGAAAUUCAGGAUGUUCUUGUCUCCACUGAUAGCGGUGUAGUUAUCUCUUCAAAACAAUCUAGUGUGCUGUUCCCAACAAAGUCAAGAGCACCACAGUUGUUUACCAAACCAGCUACAGUGGUUGUUGUAUCAUCUGAUAGCACUGAUGCCCUGCCAUUGGUAUCAAAGCUCACUCCAGGUCAGGCAGCCUACCAUUUCUUAGCUGGCUAUGAGGAUGGUAAAUUUGUCCCAGCUUACAACAGGGCCCCCUCUCCUUUUGACCAGCUUGCCCUCGCAAAUUCCUUAUUUCUGCAUUUGAAAAACGACAAGACACCAACUUAUCUGAUCAAUGCCAAGAGCUCCGGAAAGCAAAUUGAUGGCAAGGACUUGAUGAGACUAAUCGAGCUGGCGCAAUCUAACGGCAUGCCAGACAGCAGCAAGCCUGAGGACACUAGAGUGGCUGAACUCAAGGGGAAGUACAGGGGCUUUAUAUCCGGCAAGUUCGGCAAAUAUUUACCCGAGGAGUUCUCAUUCUGAUAGAUAUAAGUGUUAACCUAAUUCAGUGUACGGUGUUUUUACGCCGGGGCCUAGAUAGGCUUUGUUGCGUUCUGAAUUGAACUGAGAUAGGCUACCCCAAUCUCCUUCCUGAACAAGAGUGCAUCAUUAGCUUUGUCUCC